GUUUACAUCUCUCCUCUCUUCUUUCGCUGAGAGACUCAGAUUGAAGAGAGAGAGAGAGAUUGGGAGGGAGCGCUGAGGAGAAACUCAGGCUGAAGAAGGAGAGAGCUUGAAGCGAUCGAUCUGUGUUAGAGAGAAGAAGAUGUCGAGGUCUAGAGGGUUUCUAUGUAGUUUUUCGGGGGCUUCGAUUGAUCUAUUUGGAGAGCAGCGAAGGAGGCUGCGUGAUGAGGUGGAGGCGGCGAUAGAGCCGGAGAGAGGGGAGGAAGCCGUCGGAGAAUCGGGGGUGGAGGAAAACCGGUGGUCGCGGAUGCUUCCGGAGCUGAUGGAGGAUAUCAUAGGGAGGGUGGAGGCGAGCGAGGACCGGUGGCCUCUGCGGAAGAACGUGGUUUCCUGCGCUUGUGUAUGUCGGAGGUGGAGGGAGAUCACUACUGGAAUGGUCGGAUCUACUCAGGAUACCGGGAAGAUCACCUUUCCUUCAUCUCUUAAACAGCCGGGGCCGAGCGAAUUGCCUAUCCAGUGCUUUAUUAAGAGGAACAAGAACAACUCGACAUUCUAUCUCUAUCUCAGUCUAACCCAGACUUUUAUGGACAAAGGGAAGUUUCUGUUGGCGGCGCGGAGGGUUCGGCGUGGUUACCACACUGAAUAUAUGAUUUCCCUUGAUGCAGAUGAUCUCUCUCGAGGAAGCAUAGCAUACAUGGGAAAGUUGAGAUCAAAUUUCCUCGGCACAAAGUUCAUGCUGUACGACAGCAAACCGCCGUACGACGGCGCGAAGGCUUCGAACAGCCGAGCAAGCCGCCGACUUGCGAGCAAGCGAAUCAGCCCCCAGGUUGGCACUGGAAACUUUGAGAUCGGCCAAGUUACAUACAAAUUCAACCUUCUUAAAUCACGAGGACCAAGACGAAUGCUCUGCACUUUACAUUGCCCUGCCGGAAAGCCGCCACCACCGCCAUCAGCAGCAGCAGACGGCCAACAACACAGUUCGACGAAAAUCUCUAAACUAGAAGCGACGAGCUCCAUCGUUCUCAAGAACAAAUCUCCGAGGUGGCACGAGCAUCUCCAAUGCUGGUGUUUGAAUUUUCACGGACGCGUGACGGUUGCAUCGGUUAAGAAUUUCCAGUUGGUUGCUGCGGCAGAUCCAAGCCAGACUGCUGGAGGAGGAGGAGAAGGAGCCAUGGAGGACGACACAGUGUUGCUUCAGUUCGGAAAGGUUGGAGAUGACUUGUUCACGAUGGAUUACAGAGAGCCCCUCUCUGCUUUCCAGGCUUUCGCAAUCUGCCUCUCGAGCUUUGGAACUAAGUUAGCUUGUGAAUGAGCUGACCAUAGUUGAUUUAUUGCUCUGUAUUUCUUGUUGGUAUCUAUUAAAAAAAAGGAAAAUUUACAUAUAUACCAUACAAUUCCCAUGCAUUUACAUAUCUAACACCUAAAAUUUGAUAUUUACAUUUACAACACUUUGAUAUGCAAAACUCGUGCAUGAAAAUAUGCAUUUCACUUUAAAAUUUUUAGUGAUUGCGCCUUUUUUGUUACUGCGUCGUCGAACAUUGAGUGUUCAAUGUUAUGUAUGUAAAUAUGAAAGUUUAGGUGUUAGAUAUGCAAAUAUAUAAGAAUUGUGUGGUCUGUAUGUAAACACCCCUUACAAAAAAAAAAAAAAAGACCUGGUUUAUUGUAUCCGACUCGAUCUUCCAUAUUGGUUCUCAUAUUUGUUGCUGUUUAACGGUCGAACGAACAG